CAAUGAUCCAUUUCAUUUGAUCCUUUCCACGCGACCUGCCAUCUCAUUUUCGUCCCAUCCGGCAAACUUGCAUACCAACCCAUCAUGUCCAGCCAACAAUACCAAAGUCUCUCAUCGGAGACUCAUAUUGCACGCCGCAGCGACAUGACAUUCGAAAAAGUCCUUCACAAGGGAAGUUCGGCCAGCACGGGCGGAAUCAGUUCGAUGCUCGGCAAGGACCGUGAAGCGUCCAAGGCGGCUAUCAACGAAUACUUUCAGCAUUGGGACGGCAAGACGGCCAAAAAUGAGUCUAGCGAGGUACGCGAUGCGAGAAAGGCCGACUAUGCCACCUUGACAAGACAAUACUAUAACCUUGCAACCGACUUUUACGAAUAUGGGUGGUGCCAGUCCUUUCACUUUUGUCGCUUCGCCCACGGCGAGACCUUUGCUUCGGCCAUAGCAAGACACGAACACACCCUGGCGCACCGUAUCGGCAUCAAAAAGGACAUGAAGGUCCUGGACGUGGGGUGCGGCGUUGGCGGUCCUGCGCGGCAAAUGGCCAAGUUUACAGGCGCCAAUAUUACAGGCAUUACAAUCAACGAGUACCAAGUCGAACGUGCUACACGGUAUGCCGAGCUUGAGGGACUCGGCCGGCAGUUGCAAUUUGUUCAGGGAGACUUUAUGUCGCUGCCCUUUGAGGAGGAGACGUUCGAUGCCGUUUACGCUAUCGAGGCGACUGUGCAUGCCCCGGUUUUGGAGGACGUUUACCGGCAGGUUUACAAUGUCCUGAAGCCCGGAGGCGUUUUCGGAUUGUACGAAUGGGUUAUGACGGAUGCAUACGACGACAACAACCUCCGACACAGGGAGAUUCGUUUGGGCAUCGAGCAGGGCGACGGUAUUGCCAACAUGCAGACAGCCAGAACCGCCGUCGAGGCCAUCAAGGCCGCUGGGUUCGAGCUUCUCGAGGUCGAAGAUCUAGCACAAAGCACCGACGGCGGGAACUCGGCUCGCGCGCCCUGGUACUGGCCGUUAGAUGGCAGUAGCUGGCGAUGUGCCAACACUAUUGGAGAUGUGCUGGGGACGUUCCGAAUGACACCCGCUGGACGUACGGUGUCACACGCCCUGCUGAGCAUUAUGGAGGCGGUCGGGUUGGCACCUCCAGGGACGAAGAAGACGGCUGACAGUCUGGCGAGGGCGGCGGAUGCGCUGGUGGCUGGAGGAAAGGAAGGACUGUUUACACCCAUGUUUUUGAUGGUGGCAAGGAAGCCGCUUGCGGAAGAAUAA